GGGCCCCAGGACUACUCAUUGUUAUUAUUUGAAAAUGCUGAUUUCAGAUGCAUUGGCUGUACAUCACUCUGUGGAGCUCCUCAUGAGAGGAUCUCAUAGCAUAUUACAGGCCCACUCCACAUUCUGUUGAUGUAGACUGCAAAAGUACAGACUCCAGUGGGACCCGAAGAUCUGGCGCUGGUCCUGUGCCUUUCAUCUGGCUUUCCUGAGGUCACAUACGCAGCCAGCUAGGAACCUGGAAAACAGGACUUCUGAUUCCAGCCUCCUGCUCUGAGCACUGCACAUCACAGACUCAUUUGUUCUGUGUUCGUACAACGCCUAGCACAAAGAUAUCCUUGCUGGCAGGCAAGCAUGAAGCUCCAGAAAUAGGGGUCGUACUUCUGCUAACUCUGAGAGUCUGAUUUUUGAAAUGCAUGGACAUGCAUGGCUGGAACAUGGGUUAUGGAGAUUUCCACUUUUGCAGCAUGGCUAGUACAGCCAUGUUUUAACAGCCUUUCUUACUCGCAGGUAUCCAUGAAGGAGGUUGGAGACGGGCUGCAUGAACAGAUGAACUGCAUGAUGGGCGCCCUGCAAGAGUUGAAACUCCUCCAGGUCCAGACAGCUUUGGAGCAGCUGGAUAUUUCAGAGCCUCGAAACAAGGUUCCAGGCAUUGGCCAGCACCACUGCUGUCGAAAUGGCCGAGAGACGCCCAGAGCCAGCAGGCAGAAUGAGAGGUUGCUGGGAAGGAGAUCUUUGGAAGAUCGCGGCCCUACGGCAUUUGCAUGCUCCACCCCGGUGCCACAAUCUGCCGGCCUGUUUGGCCCUGUUACUUUAGCAGAGAGCAGCCACUGUAGACAUGUGGCUUAUAGCAGAGACUAUUAUCCAUCUUCUUCAGCCCUGACCACAGCAGAGUUCUGCCCGCUAGGGAAAUUCGAGUCAGCUAGUUUGGGCACAGCUGGGAACCAGCUUCAUAGAGACACGACCAGCACCCCUCAGACUUUGGCUGAGAGUAGAUUGGGAUGCAAAGGAUGCCAGGGUUCUGAUGAGGCCAACGACUGGACUUCCUCGCUAAUGUCUCAGAGUCGGAACCGGCAGCCUCUGGUCUUAGGGGACAACAUCUUUGCAGAUUUGGUUGGGAACUGGCUGGAUCUGCCGGAGCUGGAUAAAAAGGGGGAGAAGAGUGAGACGUCCCUGUCCAUCAGCCGGUCUCAGGAGUUCUACAGGAAGUUUUCCCUCACGGCCAACAUCUUCAAAAAGUUCUUGAGGAGCGUCCGGCCGGACCGAGAUAGACUCCUCAAGGAAAAACCAGGCUGGCUCCCAGCGGAAGACAGAGGGACUGAGAUUUCAAAGAGAUCCAAAAAGGUCAGCAAACAGAAGGGGACGUUUUACUUCCCCCUCCAUGGGAACCUGCAGAAUGCUCACAGCAAAAUGGAGAGGUGCCCAAAGGCAGAAGCUAGUAGUGACAAAUCCAAGCAUUGUGCCAAGAAGUUCCAUAGCACCGCAGACCACACCCCGUCCAGCUUCGACAUUAACACAGCUGUAUGGGUCUAAGUUCUUAUAAUCCUCUCCUCUGCCCAAUGGUUCUGCUUCACGCCGAAUACAAGCUGGAGCGCAUAUAUGCCUGUACCGUAUAUACCCUAAAGGCCUUCCCUGCACUGGGGCAUGAGAAACAGUGUAUUCUGUAGUAGAGCAAGCUGGGUGCAUCCUCCCCUCAAGCCUCUAAGAAACCUACAUCGUCUGGGGCAGCAGCUGAAUCAGGCCUGUUUGCGGAAGCUUUCCAGACCCGGCGCUUAGGAGAAUGACCAGAUUUCUCCACUGCUUUCAGGGCUUGUUGCACCUUGGCUAUCCAGCCCCUUCACUGUGGGAACCUCUCUGGUCACAGGGACUUCAUGUUUGCCAAAGCCAUUCAGCUCAUCUCUGGUUAUGACCGCUGCAGUAUAACACGUUCAAUGUGCGUGUGUUCUGUAUAUAUUUUUAAGUCUGCUCUCCCUUGUGUGCACUUAAUACUGGCUUAUAAACCAGGCAACUUGAACUUUGAUCUCAAAGCACGUGAUAUUUAAAUUGAAAAAAAUAAGGCAUGAAUUUAUACGAGAACCAUUGCUGAAUGCAGAUGUUGUGUCCUCACCAUCCCAUUGCGUUUCAGCUUUCCUUUUUCGGAAGUGGUAUCUUCAGCGUGUUCUUUGCCUGUCCUUUCCAGCCUGUUUAACUUCUAGGCUAAGUCACAGGCCCAUCCAUGGAAUUUUGCAAUGUCCCAAAAUUCUUCACAAAUUUAGUGUUACCCGUUAUGGCCUUAAACCCAGAUGCCACACUGACGUGUGAAGUUGCAGCUAACUUUGUGUUGGAUUGUUCGGGGGGGAGGGGGUUGUGUAUUUGUUGUUAUGUACAGAUUUAGUUUUGAAAAGGAGAGUUCUUCAGUGUUCCACUCUCCAAGAGUUACUAAUAAAGCGAUGUCACAGUC